CUUCGCCCGGGGGAGGGGGGGGGCAAGGACCGGCCUCCCCCACACUGUCCUCCAUCCCUCCCAUGCCCAUUGCUCUGUCUCCCCCCCGCAGGCCGCAUCAUGUACGUCAUCCCGUACAGCAUGGGCCCCAUCGGCUCCCCCCUUUCCAAGAUCGGGGUGCAGCUCACCGACUCCCCCUACGUGGUGGCCAGCAUGCGCAUCAUGACCCGGAUGGGGGCCCCCGUCCUCCGUGCCCUGGGCGACAGGGAGUUUGUCAAGUGCCUCCACUCUGUGGGGCGUCCCCUGCCGCUUCAAGAGGAGCUGGUGAACAACUGGCCCUGCAACCCCGAGAAGACCCUGAUCGCCCUGUUUACUUCCCCGUACACAGGGCUGUGUCUGACGGCUAACCCCACAAUCCUUUGCAGCAUGGUGUUGGGUUACCUGGCUACCCACAAUCCUUUGCAACACGUCUCGUGGGCUCCCCGAAAACGUUGCAAAGCACUGCGGGCCCCGUUGCAAAGCAUUGUGGGUGGUUUUCUGGGCCCUGCCGCUCUCUCAGGGAGCCCCUCGUGUUCCCACUUUCCCCCGACGCCCCCCCAGAUCCUGGGCAUCACCAACCCCGAGGGGCGGAAGAAGUACGUGGCGGCCGCGUUCCCCAGCGCCUGCGGGAAAACCAACCUGGCCAUGAUGAACCCCACGCUGCCCGGCUGGAGGGUGGAGUGCGUGGGGGACGACAUCGCCUGGAUGAAGUUUGACAGCGAGGGUGAGGUUCGGGGGGGCGGGGAGGAAGGGAGCCAGGGCACUACCCCACAAUCCUUUGCACCAGCCUCCCGCCCUGCCCAGCUACCCCACAAUCCUUUGCACCAGCCUCCCGCCCUGCCCAGCUACCCCACAAUCCUUUGCACCAGCCUCCCACCCUGCCCGGCUACCCAGAGUCCUUUGUGUGGGCCUCCCGCCUUGCCCAGUUACCCACAGUUCUUGGCGCUGCUCUCCCCUGGUCCCCGGUUACCCACAAUCCCGUGGCCAACCUACCUUCUCCCCCACUCUCCAGGCAAGGUGAUCAUGCAUGACCCCUUCGCCAUGCGCCCCUUCUUCGGGUACAACUUUGGGCGCUACCUGGAGCACUGGCUGGGCAUGGAGGAGCGGCGCGGGGGGCGGCUGCCCAAGAUCUUCCACGUCAACUGGUUCCGCAAGGAGCGGACCUCGCGGGUGCUGGACUGGAUCUUCCGGCGGGUGGAAGGGGAGGAGAGUGCACAGGAGACGCCCAUCGGCUACGUGCCCCGGGAGGGGGCCCUCAACCUCCAGGGCUUGGCCAAGGUGGACUUCCAGGAGCUCUUCUCCCUGCCCAAGGCCUUCUGGGAGCAGGAGGCGCUGGAGGUGCGCAAGUACCUGACCGAACAGGUCAACGCCGACCUGCCCCGGGAGGUGAUGAGGGAACUCGAAGGGCUGGAGAGCCGGGUGAAGAAGAUGUGAGCGGGGGGACAGGAAGACACGACCCUCGUGGAGUUUGUUUACGUCGCAUUCCCCCGCCUUGCCUAACUGAAGCCGCCACCAUCUUGUUACCUUACUACGAAUCGUCUUCCGUUGACAUGGGUUGGCCGGCUUCUUCUCUUGACCACGGUUCCGCCAUUGAGUUUGCAUGAGUCAGCCAUUUUGUUCCAUUGACCGUGGUAGGUUGGCCAUUUUCUCUUCUUGACUGUGGUUCCGCCCUCUUCUCCAACUGACGUGGUUUGGCCUUCGUGUUGCCUUGACGUGGCUUGGCCAUUUCGUUUCCUUGACGAUGUCCGCCAUCUUGAUUCCUGGAUACGGCCUGGCCAUUUCUCUUCUCUUCACCAUGGUUCUGCCAUCUUGUUUUGGUGCUCUUAAGUCGGCCAUCUUGUCCCACUUGGAACGCUGACCUUCCUUCCAGCAAGAUGUGGGGUCUAGCUCUUCCAACACAACAGGACUUCAGCAUCUGCCCCCAAACCCAUCGUCAUUAAGUUCAACGUCAAUGUAAGCCAAGCGUCCUCCAGAGGUAGCUCCCACAAGAAGGCCAAAUCUUAACCAUUAUCUUUGCUCCGGUGGCAACACUAAAAAGACAGCACCGGGCAACCGCACUGCCUGUUUGCCUUCCCAAGCAGUUCGGAAGCAGUAUUAACCGUCCGUGGACUCAGGAGCGGUGUCCUUUUCCACAGCCCAAGCCAGCCCUGUCCUCACCGUAAUUUCAACGCCCUUUGCCAAGUGGGAGGCCGGCCGAAUUCCUGACGCUUGACCAAAUCUCUGACCAAAAUCCCUACUUCCUCCUCUCUAUCCAUGCCACAGCUGCUCCUCCCUUUGUCUGGCCGCCACCUGCAUGCCUAACGUGGCACGGAGCCACCUGGAGCUAGAAUCGUCCUCCGAAUCCUCGAUCCGUUCUUCCCGCCUCCCUCACAGGAGGUAGGAUCUCACCUGAUCUCACCUGAACUGAAGCAAGCUCUGCAAGAAAUCCAGCUGCUAAGUCAUUCGCAGGCCUGGCAGCUCCCAAGUGCCUUGGGGAGGGAUAUCUCCCCCUCCUGUUGCUUACCCUGGCUCUGCCCGCCAUGCCAGUCUCUCACCAGCAUCCUCGCUUCUCUGCUUCCAGAUCAUACCUUGCCCCUCUCCGAUGCCCUCCAGGCAUCUGUUACACCCCGUCCUUAACGAUGCCCAUUAUACUCCGUCCCUAAGGACAACCACGAUGCUCCGUCCUUAACGACGCCCAUUAUGUUCCGUCCUUAACUAUACCUACAACCUGAAACUGCUCAGGACUGCUUUGCCCCAGCCGGGGCCUUUGCCUUAAAUUCAGGGAGGACGGCUCCCAGCAAUGCCCCCGAGCCCAGCGGGGCGAAGGAGCAGGACGGAGACAUAGAAACAGGAGUAGGGGGAAUCCCGGCCGCAGAACAGCAGCAGGACCCGGCCAAGGCUCCGUGCCGGCUUUGCCCAGGAGGGGGGAGAUGAAGCACAAAAGCCCUGGAUCUCUUUGUGCGCCCCAAUGGGAUUUUGUAACUAAUAAAUACUAACGAGACCCGACUGUGAAAAAUAAAAGAGGAUUGUAACAGGA